AAUCCAUUUUGCUCUCUCCAUUUACCCACCUCGCUCCGCACCCUGCUUUCUUCUUCUAGAUUCCAUCUCAUUUCGUACUACGCUUCGUUGGUCUCAAGGCCGACAGCAUUGAAAACCCUUGCAAGUACAGCGGUUUCGAAGGGACUUCUGUUGUCGACACGAAAUCAAGGGGUUUGGGUGCAGAACGAAGGCGACGGUCGCAGACACAAGGAUGGUGAUAGAGAAAAGUGAAGGGAAGAUGGUGAGCGUCUUUGAUUCGGAGGAGGAUCUGGCGAUGGCCCUCGUGAAAUACACCUCCGACCUAUCUGACAAGGUCUCUAAAACAAGGGGCUCGUUUACUGUCGAUCUUUGGUUGUCUUGCCACCGUUGUCGCCACGAUAAAGACUCCGAGACAUGGGUUUUCAAACACAGUGAAUGAUGAUCAACCUAAUCCUUCCUUUUCUUCUUUGGAAAUCGCAGCAGACAAGUCAAGUUUUUCCCAUUUGUAUGAGGAAACAUUAGGGAUUCUUGAUUUUGAUUUUGUGGGUUGUUCUUAUUGUUUUCUGGUGAUGAGAUUUUUGCUAGCUAGACUUAUUAAGAAUCCCAAAUUUUGUUCUGAGUUUUUCAUCGGAGAAGAGGAGGAUGAAACCCAAUUAAAAAAAUUUAAUUUUU